AAGGAUGUUGUCUGUACGGUGGCGUCAGUGUUGUUUCCCUCUGACUUUUUAGAUGAGUCGGAAAUGUUGACAGUGUUGUGAUUAAGUAUUCUCUCGUUCCUCCACAAAUCAGACAGCCUCCCAAUGUUGUACGCGAGACGGCAUCACAAAUUUUCAAGCUCUCAAGGAUAAUAGAGCCAUAGGACAACGAAAAUAACGAUGACUUCUGGGCUGCUUAUCCUACUUUUGUUGAUGCUAGCAAGGUGUGCCCAUGCGGUUUGGCGUCGGGGCGAGCCACCUUAUGGAAGGACUCACGAAACAUUCGAUUUUGUUAUGCCAAAAGUGCAGCCAAAACAGGCCGAUGAUUAUUAUUGUACAGCAAAGCAUGUAACAUAUGAUGAAUGUUUCAUAGUUAAUUUUGAUCCAAAGCCGGAGAAGGCAAACCACAUGUUGCUCUUUGGCUGCGCUAAUAUUUCCAAUGAAGAACACAUUUACCCAGGUUUCUGGAAUUGUGAUCGUAAUGAACCAUGUAAGGAUCUUACGAUACUCUAUGGAUGGGCACAAAAUACGACUUCUAUAACGUUGCCCAAAGAUGUAGGAUUUAGAAUUGGGCAACAGUCUCCGAUCAAGUAUCUUGUGUUACAAACGCAUUAUGCAAAGGGCUUAGAAGGUGACGAAAGUGAUUCAAGUGGCUUAAGGUUACAAAUCAGCAAGUUGCCACAAAGGUUUCUUGCUGGAAUUCAUGUUCUUUAUGCAAGCAACCACGUCAUUCCUCCUGGACAUUACAACUACCACAUAGACAUAAACUGCCGCAUGCUGCUGCAGGAGAGUAUGUUCCUGUUUGCGUAUCGCGUUCACACACACUCCCUUGGAACCACGGUGUCGGGAUACAAGUACAACAUGGACAAUUCCUCGUGGAGUCUCCUGGCAAAGGGCAACCCACAUUGGCCGCAGGCGUUCUAUCCAAUGAGCAGGACUGUCAGAGUACAGCCUGGAGACAUUUUGGCUGCACGCUGUACAUAUAAUACAAUGGGAAAGAAGACACCAACAAGCAUCGGCCGAGAUGCGUCCAUGGAGAUGUGCAAUCUCUACUUCAUGUACUAUGCCCUGUCAUCGAGCAGACGUUCAUCUGGAAAGUGUGAGAAUGUCGAGCUCUCUCGUCUGGCGCAGCGGAUGCCAUCCGACGAUGAUCGGCCAGAUGACAGCAGCUACGGACCGGUAUUUAAAGAAGGCACACCUUACCAUGAAACAAAUGUAGUAGAUAACCACUUCAACAUACCUGGAGCUGUAGAUCACCGUCAUCAUCUACCACCUACUUCACGGUUCUCCUACAAGACUAACACAGGAUGGCCAACACCAAAAGUGAACCUGGGGCAAGUUGUAGCUGUUUCUCUCGAUAGGGAUGGCAACGUCGUCAUCUUUCACCGGGGUAGCCAUAUUUGGUCUGCAUGGUCAUUCAACGAUGAUGAUGUCUACGUACGUGUUGAAGAAGGUCCCAUACCUGAGGCGACGGUUGUGACAUUUGAUGCUGCUAAUGGACACCUGCUGUAUCAGUGGGGCGAUAAGAUGUUUUAUCUUCCUCAUGGGCUCACGAUUGACAGCAGAGGCUUUAUAUGGGUCACUGACGUUGCAUUGCAUCAGGUGCAGAAAUAUCCUCCUUCUGGAGGUCGACAUCCCUUGCUGACACUCGGCAAAGCAUUUACUCCUGGCCAUGGAGAAAAUUUGUUCUGUAAACCGACCAGUGUUGCCGUUACGUUGGCUGGUGACUUUUUCGUUGCUGAUGGGUAUUGCAAUGCACGUGUUGCACAUUUCGAUAAAAAUGGCAAGUUUCUACAAGAAAUUGGAGAGCAAUCACCAAAUGUACCAGGACAACCACCUCCAAGCACUUUCAGCAUACCUCACAAGGUUGUGCUUGCUGAAAGGGAAGGGCUUCUCUGUGUAGCUGACAGAGAAAAUGGCCGUAUCCAGUGCUUUGCCAUCAAAGAUGGGACUUUCGCUUUCCAGAUUGCCAUACCAGAGUUCCAGCACCAGCUGUAUUCGAUUGCAUACAGUGAGGCAGAAGCCGGUGGACUUCUUCUGGCAGUUUCGGGCCCCGUGGUUCUGUCAAACUCAUCGAAAGGGUUCAUAUUUAAUUUGACGUCACACGACCUACUAGGAACCCUUGCACCUCCUAAUGGUACUUUCACCACCCCUCACGAUAUUGCUUGCUCCAAGGAUGUCGAAGAAGUCUAUGUUGGUGAAAUUAACCCCGACAAAAUCUGGCGCUUUGUGAAAGAUGUUCAUCGCUCAACAAAGAAAAUUCUCAUCACCACAUCUGAAGCAGAACAGCCGCACGUUACGCACCACGGGAGCAAUAAUCACCUCGGGAACACGUCAGCUGGUGUGUUCCCUGUCAACCCGAGCGGCACAGAUGAAGAUGGAGAGAAUUUUGGUGUCUCCAUGGUCAUCAUGGCACUGCUUGCAAUUCCAGUCUUAUCCUUCAUCGUCAUUACAAUAAUUGUACGACUUAGAAAGAGAGGAAAACUUAAGGUGCAACACAGCGGCGGCAAGCACUGGUUGAGUGGUAGCGUGAAUGGACAGAGCAAGUUUGACUUGGGAAAGCUUCUGAAUCCGCACAGAGGAUUCGAUAGGGUAGCACUGGAGGAGAGCGAUGGAGGAAUCAGCAGUGACUCGGACGUCGAAGAGUUUAAUGCGGCAACGCGCAAGGCGUAACACUCUCCGCUAUGCCUGUGUCUUUUCUGAUUUCGCGCGGUAAUCCACCAGGACUUAUGGUGCUGGUGGUGGCCACUCUCUGAAUCACAAGCUGCAACACUUGUGUGUGUGACAACGUGAUUGUAUAACAGAGAAGUGGAAAAAGAUCUCAGAGACAAGCCACCGAGAGAGCAUCACAUGCAGCACGAUGGAUAUACAUAACUGAAUUGUCUUUUUGUUAACCCAGUAAACGACAAACCCUGCACAAACUACGGUGACAUGAGUUGAAAGCCAAGUAAUCAACAUGGACAUGCAAAUCUGAAAUGUGGCUAUCAUGAUGAACUGCUUAAUGGGAUGAUGGAAAGUCCAGCAGUCAAUAUGUGAAAGACAUAGAGCACCCCUCUUUAUUUAUUUUUGUUUUUGCUUUCUUUUCGAGACAAAGCUUCUUCCUCUUAUUCGGGUCAAAAGGAUUUGUUUGUAUGUAGCCAUGUGAGCUUGCAAGGCUGGACCUCUGUGUAGUUUAACAGCGUUUACGUAUGACAGCAUCCUUGGGGUAGGUGUUUUGUAUUGUGUUUACAUAAAUGCUUUUUUUGUGUGAUAAGUGUUUUGUCUGCUUGUGUGCCUGUACAUACUUGGGUGUGACACUGAAGAGUGAGACUAACGAUUUAGGUUCCAGUAUGGCCUGGUUGACAUUUUAUGUGAGCAUUAAAAAGGAGGUUUGGUGGUUUUGUGGCAAAAAGUAAUGGUCACUCUAGAUGUAUUUCCUUUGUAAUUCAUGUUGGGUACUCUUCUUGGCUGGUAGUAAACCACUACUUUGUGUAACACAUGCAAUAUGGUGCGCUACAUUUUGGGGGGCUCAGGCCUGGUAUGCAUUAAUUUCUUUGCGCAGCAUAUCAUGUGUCUGAUACCCAACAUCAAUGUCAAUGAGAAAACCGCCGAUAUCUGGUACAACGUAAGGAAUAAAAAGAGCAGAACAAGGUGCAUGUAGCAUAUCAUUGAGGUCCAGCCUUGUGCUUAAACUAGAAUCUUCUGUUGGAUAUCAUCACAGCCAUAUAUGUACCUUGGUUUCUGUCGGAACAAUUGUAUGACUAGCGCUGAUGCGACUUUUGACAGGGUUUGUCAUAUCAUGCAUCUGAAAUGUAUGCAAGAAUGUGUCGUACGUUAAUGUCAAGCACCUACUGUUGUGUAAUAUCACGUGCUGGUGUCAAAUACCCGUAAAUGAUUGCGUAUCUCGUCUCACAUUCAUGUAUUUAGCCAUUGCGUCUUCUUUUGUUGCUCUUUUUUUUACUUUUUUACAGUUUGCUUGAAAUGCCUGUGGCUUUGGUGUUUGUUUGCUUGUUUGAAAUGGAGUGAGACCAAGUGAACACUCACACAUGCUGAUCACACUAUCAAGUGUACUGUAAUUUACCUUUUUUCUAUUCAUUAUUAUUGUAUUCAUAUUUAGUCAUGUUCUUUCAUACCCUCGUUAAACACUUCAUUCUCAUUACGUAUGUUGGCAGCUUCUCCUUGUGCUUUUAGGCUUUACAUACUUGUGUUUGCUUAUACUUUGGGUAUCCAUAAUUCAUUGCAUAACUUCCUCUGGAAUAUUUUAGUAAUCUUAAUGAACAAGUGAGCUAUAUUCGAUGAACACAAGCACGCCAAUUUCCUCUGCAGUGUGAAAACACAACAUUCUAAAAUAUAAAUCAUUAACUUGGAUGUGUCACAAGCAUUACUGCUAAUACUGUGUCAUUUGCAUUGCAUUGUGUAGGGAGAGUUAUAUACGCAACAUCCUUUGACAUGCAGAACAGGGUCUCCCAUGAGAUAGCACGACCUGACUGUGCUAACAUAAUUUUCCCGGUAGAAUGUACAAAACAGAUAUUUAACUCUCCUGUUUAUUUUUUUCCUUAUCAUUACACCUGCAUUCUUUGCAAGCAAAAUCUGUGCCUUUGUAGAAACAGUUUUUUCAUUUAUGUUUGUCUUCCUGUGCCUUUUUGUAAUUUGGGCACAGCUGGGUAACGUUUAUGCAUAGGAACACUAGACCAUUGAUCCUAGCAAUUCGGGUAUUAUUUUUGUGUGUAGGUACUGCACAUGUGUGUGGUGCGUUCCUAAAGGCAGCUGCGACAUGUUGCUGGGUGCCGCUUCUGGGAACACCUUCUCAGUUUUCUUUUUUGCAAUAACAUUGUAUACACCAAUAUCUAGUGAAUGUGUUGUCCCUUCAGUCUAUGAGACCCAUAUUGGUGUGUUCAAAUGCAUUUGCACAGAUGCCAGAGUACACAACACUUGCUUAGUUAAUGAAAUUUUUGUCUAUACCACUGUGGGUACAGGAGAGAGUAACAAAGGGGAUUUUGAGACUAGAAUGAAAAAGGAAAAACUAACUUAUUAUGCAUGUUAUUGUAUAGUAUGGAGUAUUCUUAUUUUUCCACAGUAGGCAGUGACAAGAAAGUAUAGGAGUCACAGCAGUUUUUAGUAUGCCUCGAAAUCUUAGCAUUGUGUGCAGGAGCAGCAGAACGAUUGUGAAAAACUACAAAAAACACAGCAGCUACAAUCAAACCCUAUCAGUACGGGCUCCCAUAAAUACAAACUCACAACAUAAGGGACGAAGAUAUACCCCACAGAAGUGGAUAUGCCAGUUGUAUUUAGGGCCCCGUGGCUCCUACUUCCAACUGCUCUCUGUAAAAUUAUAGACUUCCAAGGUGGGUAGUCUAUGUAAGAUAGAUCGCUACCUGUCUGACUUUCCUCUACAGUAACAUUUGGGUUAUUCUAUUGUACAGUCACCCACCCACCAUUCCCUCAGCUUUCCACAUAAAAAGAACAAACCUGAGUGUCGAGCAGCCAACCAGUAGAGUUAUGAAGAGCGAACCAUUUGACCUGUUGGUGCCACAGUAUUUGAGUAGAUUGGAGUGUGAAAAUUUAACACUCACUGAGAAUGAAGCAGAAAAGUACAGCUUGACUAGCACACCAUUACCAGUGCCAAUGGAACAGCACCAAAUGUAAUCUCAUGGCACGCUGCAUACUGUAGAUUUAGAUUACUGUAUAGCUACAGUAAUCUACGUGCUACAUACUAUAUACAUAGGGCCAUGUGUUUUCAGGUUUUCUAUUUUUUGAAAAUCGGGGGGAGGGGGGGGGGAGGGAAUAGGGUUUUAUACCUGGAGCCGUAAGAGGUGUAAAAUUGGGCGAUAUCAGGUGGAAAAGUAAAUUUUCGAGUGGAAAAUAAAAAAAGAGUGCUUUUCAUAUCUUUGAUGAACACAAGAAGAGCUGUGUUGAAUAUGCAAUGCAAAGCAUUCUGCAGUGCCUGUAUCGCUGGCUGAGUUGGCACUUUGCCAAGUUAACUUUCGAGGGUUUUUGAGUCUUGCCCUGAAUGACAAUGAUGCAAAUUGGGAGUGGGUUUUACUGGGUUCAACUGUAAAACAUGGGGCCCGAUGUACACAGGCACGCUGCGUACUGUAUUUAAAUUAUUAACUGAGUGAAGUAAAUAAUCUCGUCAUUUCGAACCUGUUGCCACUACAAAGAAAGGGUUUGAUUGCACUGCUGGUAAAAUAGAAUGUAUGAGCAUACUUUUAAAUCGCAUGUGUGUAAUAAAUAUUGUGGUAGGUUAUUGUUCUUUAUCGUGUCACAAGCUUGCAGAUCACAAUGCACUGACAGUUAUCAGCGGUUGUGUACCGGAGACUUGCCCUCUGCUUAUUGUGACAAAGUUGCUAGAUUUUCCUUUUGCCAGCUUAAUCCUUAUAGCAGUGAACGUUGUCAUUUAUGCCACAAAAGCAAUUUCUUUUAAGCUUAGGUAUUAUGUUUUUCAAUUUAACCUCAAGUGCAUUGUCAGAUACAUACUGUACUGCUUGUACUUACACCACUGUGAUGUACUGUAUGGUCCUUUGAUAAAAUAUUGCCUUAACACAAAU